AUGUCACGUCCUCUGACAGCAGAUGAGCUUCAAGCUGAGGUCGAUGCAAUUAUGAACGAACCAAGUGAUGAGGAAACGCCUGAAGAACCGUUUCAAGACUCUGGCAGUAGUUACCAUCCAUCAUGUGAAUCGGACUCCAGUGAUGAAAAUGUAGUUAGUGGUGAGGACUAUGAACAUUCUGAUGUUAGUGAUAGCCGUGAAAACGGUUCACGCAAUCCACCAGCCAACGAAAGGCUAGCCACGACCGAAGAUAUUUCAUGUUGGACAGAGAUCAACGACCAACCAAAAAUUCAUGACUUUACGGGAAUUGAAGGUAUAAAAGUGAAUAUUCCGGCAGAUUCUUCUGCAUGUGAGGUAUUUAGGCUUCUGUUUGAUGACACUCUAAUCGGGAAACUGUGUGAUUGGGCUAAUCUUCGGGCAAUGGAGAUUGUGGGAAAUGUAUUACAGAAGCAUUCUACAAUGAACAGGUGGAAGCCACUUUCUUCUGAAGAGUUCCGCCGUUUUAUUGGACUUUGCAUUCUAAUGGGACAAAUAAAAAUGCCCAGCAUCAAGCACUACUGGAAUACUAAGCCACUCUAUGCCCAUCCAGUUUUUGGCAGAGUAAUGUCAAGAAACAGAUUUGAACAGAUUUUGAGGUGCUUGUGUUUUUAUAAGAGAGAAGAUGAAAGAACAUCCCGUUUACGCAAAAUCGAACAGGUUGUGAACCACGUUAGAGAAAACAUACAGAAAGUGUAUUAUCCCGGCAAAGAUAUCUCGCUAGAUGAAGCUUUAUUACUUUGGCGUGGGCGAUUGCUAUUCCGUCAAUACAUUCCAAACAAAAGUGCAAAACACGGAAUAAAGUUAUAUGAACUUUGCACUUCUGAUGGUUACAUACUUGAUUGUUUGGUAUACACUAGGAACAGUCGAGGGGAAUGA